AAAGGAGAAUAUGGGAAAGGGUUAAUUUCUUACUACCAACCACUGAAAGGCACAUUUGCAAUUGCUCCCAGUCUUGUCUUUCUUUUACACCUCAUUCGCUCACUGCUGCUCUUCAUUUCAAGGCAGAUCCUUUGACCUAAGCAGAUUAUUGUGGACGCAUGAAGGACACAGCAAGCUAUCCCUGCUUUUCGAGGAGGAGAUUUGGCUCCAAAAUAGGACACUAAGCCUUUCAGACUUAUGCUUAUUUACCUAGUCUGCUGGAUGCAGUGUCUCUGGGUGCUUAGUGGACUCUUGUGGAAUCAGCCAGGAAACAAAAGCAGAAGUGGCAGCCGCUGCAAAUGUGGGAGUCUGUGCCAUUAAAGGGAAGCAGUUGCUAAUAAGGGCCUGUGAGACUUAGGUUUCCUUGGUUUCCAUGACAGUUAUUAGGUAGCAUAGAAAUUGAAUUGUCUCCCACAAUGCUCUAGGGGGAAGCGAGGGGUGCUCCAGUAACAAGGCAGAGUAGUUAUUACUUGUGGUAAUUCUUCUGUCUGAGACUACAAAACUCUCUGGAUUAUUACAUCGUGCAGUUUUUUUUCUUUCCCAAAUGUGUUUUGCUUUACUUUUUUGAUGGAAGACUCUGGCUUGUGCUACAGUAUCUCAAAUAAUGUUUUCCCCCUUUUUAUUUAGAAACUAAGCUUGGCAAAAGCCAGGAUAUGAACAAUUAUACAGAUGGGCUGCUCAGGGGGAGUGAAGAUAUAAGGCAUCCAAUCAGGUAUUGGCAACCUGCAGCACUGUCAAAAUGCCCCUCCAACAGAUUUCUGUAGUCCCAGCGCGGGAGACUGCCAGCAAUGGGAGAAGUUCAGUGGGCAGAAACAAAGAGAAGAGCAAGCAAGUCCAGAAUGACAAAUCCCCAGGGCGCUCUACAAGUCGAUCAAGUAACAUUUCAAAGGCAAGCAGUCCUACCACUGGAACAGCUCCUAGGAGUCAGUCACGGUUGUCUGUAUGCCCUUCCACACAGGACAUCUGCAGAUCUGCCACCUUGCAUGAUGUGUCAGAAGAUGAGUUUGAACAUGCCACACCUGUCAUGGUGCUGACUCCUGCUAGUAGGGAGUCUGGUAAGAAACAAGUGAAACGAAGGUUUAGGCGGAAGAAAGAGACUGGUGACAAUGUUCAGCACACAGAAAAGCAAAGAAAAGGGAAGGACUGGAAUUUGUACCCAAUGGCUGCAAGCUCUAAAUGCAAUGCAUUGCACAAGGAGACAUCUGAUUCAUCAUCCUCAGAUGAGAAUCAGUGGGCGCAGGCUAGGAGGAGAGCCAGAGAAAGGGUCAAAAUGCCAAGGAGAGGGAGAAGGAACAACAGAUCUUGCAGUAACCCUGAUGAAUCUCGAAAUAACAAUGCCAUUGAACUUGUCACCUUGGGGACAACGGGGGAAAAGAAACAAGAGAUGUCUGAUUCUGAUAACCCCACUUUAAAUCACCGGAGGAGAAGGGUUUCAACGUGUAAAGAAUCUUGCCUUUCACUGUCUUCGAUGUCCUCUCUGGAGACAAGGAGUUCUUCAAGAAAAUGUGGAAAAAACAGGGGCAGAAGCUACCCCAAAGAGCUGCAGCCUUCAUCUUACCUUAGACAAAAUAAAGUGGUCACAGAAGGCUUUACCGAGAGAGGCUCUGGCAGUGAUACUCUGGCAGUUCCUGAAAAUGGAGAACCUGUUGGGGCUGGGUCCACUGUGACUGAUGUGGUUCAGAAACCUCCUGUUUUAUAUGAUGACUGGUCUGAUGAUUUAGAAGUAUGCAGGAUCUGUCACUGUGAGGGAGAUGAUGAAAGUCCCCUCAUCACACCGUGUCGCUGCACAGGGACCCUGCGCUUUGUUCAUCAGGCCUGCCUGCACCAGUGGAUUAAAAGCUCAGACACACGCUGUUGUGAACUCUGCAAGUAUGAUUUUAUAAUGGAGACCAAGCUCAAACCUCUCCGAAAGUGGGAGAAACUACAGAUGACAACAAGUGAAAGGAGGAAAAUAGUCUGCUCAGUUACAUUCCAUAUUAUUGCUAUUACCUGUGUUGUUUGGUCCCUAUAUGUUUUAAUAGAUCGGACUGCUGAGGAAAUUAAGCAAGGCAAUGACAACGGUGUCCUUGAAUGGCCAUUUUGGACAAAACUGGUUGUGGUAGCAAUUGGGUUCACUGGAGGCCUAGUCUUCAUGUAUGUACAGUGUAAAGUCUACAUUCAACUGUGGCGCAGACUGAAGGCUUACAAUAGAGUGAUCUUUGUUCAGAACUGCCCAGACACUGCCAAAAAACUGGAGAAGAAUCCUUCAUGCAUUCAGAACUCUGAAAUAAAGGAUGCUGUGGUAGUGCCAGUAUCACAGACAGGUACAAACUCACAGCAAUCAGCUGAAGAAAUGACCUCUGAGGUCAUGCCAGUUUGACAGAGGUGGCAUUGUUUCUUCAUUGAAGAAGGAAGCAUAAGUGUUUUUUUUCACACCAGAACCACUACAGGAAGCAGAAACAAUCCAUGCAUUUUAAAUAAAAGAAAAAAAUCCCUGACUAGGGAAAUGGAUAGAGUGAUGCACCAUGCAUUACUUAUGGAAUGUGACAGUUUGUGAAAUAGCUUCUCAAUUAGUCGCCCAGGUGUAGUGGAAGUAUAGCAAGUACAACAGAGAAUAAUCCUAACAGAAAUGACAAAAUGACUUAUUUAAACUGGAUGACCAGGAGGAAACAGAUCUGCUAUAACUGUUCUGUUUACAGAAAAUGAACAACUUACCAUCUAUUUGUUACUACUAGGCAUCCUAUUUGCUGAUCAUUAUCACCUUAAAAAUACACUUCAAGGUACCAUCAUUGAUAAAUCAUUCACAUAAAACAUAAAUCAGCAAAGUAAACUGACCUGCACCAUGUCACUCACUUUCUAAAUCUCGUAAAGUAAUCAUUUCAUAGUUGUAUGGCUACAGUGGAGCCUGAAUGUUUUGGCAGCCAUGUGAGCUGAGGAUAUGUAAAGCACAUGUUUAAUGUU